GCGUUUAAUUAACUCGGGACGAAGGAAAGAUUAAAUAUAUCGCGAACAAAACCGUUCGAACGGCGAAAUUUCCAGCCAUUUUUAUCGCGCUAUUCCAUUCGAGUGUGCUUUGGUGAACAUGUCUCAUGAGGUACUUUACCUUUUAUUCGGUUUAUCAAUUUCCCUCGAUCAAUCAGCAUGCAAACAAAACAAUUUCUUCUUCAAACCACCGCCAUUUUACCAACCCCUACCCCACAUAAUACUAACCCUAGAGGUACCAAAACUACACGAUCCCCCUUACCCUAAUUACCUGGAUUUCCUCAACUUAUUAGGGGAACCACCCCGAGCGAAUCUAAUGCAGUACCAAACCGAACUCACCCCGAGGGAACCACCGGAUCAUUCCAACGUGGAGAUUCUCGAAACCAUUGGUUACGCUUUACCGAGCGAAAUAACCUUCAACCAUCCGGUUACCUACGCCAAGGAGUACCUCCUGGACACGGCCUCGUCCGAUUCUUCAGCCAGCCACCCUGGUGAUCUUCUAACAGGAGAGCAGCGCGAAAACGAGGAAAUUCUCGCCGAAGUCGAGACGAAAAGCGAGGAAAAACACACCAAUCGGUACUACUUUUCUAGUACUUCUAACGCUACCUCGCCGAAGAAUAUUUACGAGGUGAUCAGUCCUGAAGAUGAAGAAAACGUUGCAGAUGGAGGAAAUGUUACAGAUGAAGAAGAUAGUACAGAAAAAGAAUUAGAGAACGAUGCUGGAUUGGAAGUACUGGGACUCGAGAACCGGAGCGAUCGGUUGGUACUCCUGCUGCCUUCCAAAAGCGCAUCAGCAGCUCCAAGCAGGACGAAGCGCAACACCAACGACUCCUUCAAUGUAAACAUAAGCGCAGGAUACGGGGUGGGAAUCGACCAGGAUUCCUCCACCCGCCUCCCACACAGUACCACCCAAAUCAACUCCACCAACCCCUUAAAAUCCCUGCUGAGAGGCGAGCACGUCGUCAUCGGCAAGUACCCCAAGCAGCAGGAAUUCCCCGCCGAGAACCCCGUACUGAUGGGCAUGAACGACAUCCAGCAGAUCCUGCGCAACGUCGACAACAGCGGGUACUCCAAGAUCGUCCAAGUGGUGAAAGUACCGGCCGUCUACGAGAUCCACUUGGAGAAGCACCAGACGAACCAAAAGCACCAAAAACCUUCCAAACCAAUCGUCGAAAACAACGUAGUUUACGGUACUAACAAGUACCAACGACCGGCGCCCAGGAAAGUACAACGCCGGAAGAAAAACACCCCGUACCCGAUGAACCAUCAGAACUACUACAAACCCGAAUACGUACCGUACUACCCGCCUGUUCAGCAACAUCCUGUAUACACGACACUCACGAGUAGAGUACCAUUUAUCGACAAGCGAACGUUUUCGUACGAUACAAGGGAGAAAACUAUCAAUCCAGACGAUAUCAGCAUCACCAUACAACCCGGUACCACCAUGGUGACUUUACCCAAAGCGAAAGCACCGCAGGAGAGGAAUUUCCUCGAGCAGAAACCCUGCGAUAAAGGCAGGAACCGACAGGUUUCACCUCCGGAGCUUCGGAAAUCGUCGAGCAACAUCGACAACGUCUAUUUCACCACCCUGAAACCUUUAGAGAAAGAAAAGUACUACAAAGCUGAAAGAAGAAGCGGUACUAAACCCAUCAAGUACUUGCUCUACAUCAACAAAAUCACCACCGAUACUUGGUGAUUGAUUGAUUGAUCGAUAAAUUAAACAACACACAAUCGCACUUAGUCUAGAUAGUACAAUUUAUUUAUUAACGUUAUACGCAAAUUACUCCAAAGUAGUACCGGGUUCUGGAGGUUCAAACGAACACCAAAGUGACGAUUCUGUUGACGGUUCUGUCGUAGCUAUCGACUUCGGUGCGCGCGCAUAUUUCUGCUCUGGUGUAGCCGGUUCCUGCGGUGUCCGGCGAUGAGUCGCGCACCUCCAGCAGGAUCCUGUGACCGAAGUGGCUGUUGAGCUCCGGGAUGCAGACCUUGGUGGCGUAGGGGAUGCCCAGGGAGUCGUCCAUCGAUAGGGUCACGUAUUCGGCUCUGUUGUCUAUGUAGUCCUGCGGAUUUUUUGAGCCGUUUUUGAGCGAUUUUGAUGGAAUUUUCAAGUAGUUGUCAAGCGAUUUUCGAGCGAUUUUCGAG